GCAAAAACAAAGAAUGAGACCGUUUAUCAGUAUCUCCAAUAUUUAUCAAAUCAUAACUAUAAUCAAACACACAAUAAUCUCCCCUCAUAUGAACAUACCGAAUGCUAUAAAAUCUCCUCUUAUACCAAAUUCUUUUCCUACUUUUUAUCUUCUCAUUAUCUGUCAGCCUUUUUUACAGUAACUCUACCGAAUUUUCUGAAUAUAAUGCAGAUGACUCGUUCUAGAGAGAGAAAGGGAGACGUUCUAUGUGAGCAUUUCUGAGGUAAGAGAGAGAAUAUGGGGUGAUUAGUAUGAUAUGCAGCUGGGAGUUUAGCAUCGCAGCUGCUAAUCACUGGGUUUGUUCUUUUGGCUUGAAGAUCUUAUUUUUCAUUUCCUUUCAAUUUACACUUUGAAAUUUACUGAAGUGAGGAGUUCCUUUGGCUGGAGAAACAGUGGAUUGUUGUUCAAUUGAGCUGGUAGUGUGCAUAAUAACUUUGAUCCGGCUACACCAGUAGCUUUGUUGUUCUUGGCUGGAAUCAUGGCGACCUUAUCCCAUUCAGAAUCCAGGCGAUUGUAUUCUUGGUGGUGGGACAGCCACAAUAGUCCGAAGAAUUCAAAAUGGCUUCAGGAAAAUCUUACAGGUAUGGAUGCCAAAGUAAAAGCAAUGAUCAAGCUCAUUGAAGAAGAUGCAGAUUCAUUCGCAAGGAGAGCAGAAAUGUACUAUAAAAAACGUCCAGAGCUGAUGAAAUUGGUUGAAGAGUUCUACCGUGCUUACCGUGCACUAGCAGAGAGGUAUGGUCAUGCAACUAUAGAGCUACGCCAAGCCCAUCGAACCAUGGCAGAAGCAUUUCCGAACCAAGUACCUUAUGUGCUGGCUGAUGACUCACCCUCAAGCUCUUCAGGUCCAGAAGGCGAGCCUCACACACCACGAAUGCCACAUCCCAUUCAUGCCUUACUCCACUCAGAUGACUUGCACGAGGAUGCACUGGGCUCCUUGUCCAAUCUGCAUGCAAGAAAAAGCAACAAUCAACAUCCAGAAGAAGGAUCAGACUCUGGAACUAGCAAAAGGGGUUUAAAACAGCUCAAUGACAUGUUUGAAUCACAAGUAAUGGUUUCAAAAGUUUCAGAAGGAAAGAUGAAAAUAUGCCCAAACAUCCAAGAAAUGGUGGGGGACCAAACUGAAGUUGAAAACUUGAAGAAAACCCUUGCAGAGAUUCAAACUGAAAAGGAAGCUGUUUUUCUUCAGUACCAGCAGAACCUGCAGAAGUUAUCUAGCCUGGAAAGAGAACUUGAAGAAGCUGGAGGGCUUGAUGAACGAGCAAGCAGAGCUGAAAUUGAAGGCAAAAUCCUGAAGGAAACCCUCAUUAAAUUAGAAUCUGAGAGGGAUAUUUGUCUUCUUCAGUAUAAUAAAUGUUUGGAAAGAAUAUCUAGCCUGGAGAACACAAUCUCUCAAGCACAAGAGGAUGCAAAGGGACUUAACCAAAGAGCAAGUAAAGCAGAAAUAGAAGCUCAUAAUCUCAAGCAGGAACUUUCUGCACUGGAGGCUGACAAGGAAGUUGUUGUUCUUCAGUACAACCAGUGUCUUGAAAUGAUAUCAGUUUUGGAGAAUAAAAUCUUGCUUUCAGAGGCAAAUGCAAAAAUGCUUAAUGAACAAAUUGAAAGAACAGAAACUGAAGUUAAAGCACUGAAGGAAGCUCUUGCUAGUUUGAACAAAGAGAAAGAAGAUGCAGAACUUCGGUACGAGCAGUGUUUGGAUAGAAUAGCUAAAAUGGAGGGUGAAAUUUCUCAUGCCCAAGGAGAUGUCAAAAGACUCAACAGUGAAAUUCUAAUGGGGGCUGCAAAAUUGAAAGAUGUAGAAGAACAGUAUUUUCUGUUAGAGAGAUCAAAUCAAUCUCUCCAGUUGGAGGCAGACAAUCUGGCACAGAAGAUAGCAACAAAUGAUCAAGAACUUUUGGAGAAAGAAGAUGAAUUGGAGAAACUUCAGACUUCACUGCAAAAUGAGCACUCACGGUUUGUCCAAAUUGAAGCUGCUUUUCAAACUUUGCAGAAGUUGCACUCUCAAUCUCAAGAGGAGCAGAGAGUUUUGGCACAAGAGCUUCAGAAGAAACUCCAGUUGUUGAAGGACUUGGAGAUAGGCAACAUUGAGCUGCAGGAAGAUCUCCAGUGGGUUAAGGAAGAGAAUCAGAGUCUCAAUGAACUGAAUAAUUCUUCCAGAAGUUCAAUAAUGAGUUUACAAAAUGAAAUUUUCAGCCUGAAAGAAGUUAAAGAAAAACUUGAACAGGAUCUUUCCGUGCAAGUGGCCCAAAGUAAUUCUCUGCAGCAAGAGAUCCAACAUUUGAAGGAGGAUAUUAAGUGCUUGAAUAGGAGAUAUCAGGAUUUAAUAGAGCAAUUGUGCUCUGUAGGUUUGGAUCCUAAGAGCCUGAAUUCAGAGGUCAAGGACUUGCAAGACGAGAACUUGAAGCUAAAAGAAGUUUGUGAAAAGGACAGAGAUGAAAAAGAAGCUCUCUAUGAGAAGUUGAGAGACAUGAGUGAGCUUCUGGAGAGAAAUGUGGCUUUGGAGGGAUCUCUAUCAGAAUUGAAUAGCAAGUUGCAGGGAUCAAUGGAGAGGGUUAAAGAAUUGCAGGAGUCCUGCCAGUUUCUUCAAGGAGAAAAAUCUGGAAUUGUUGCUGAAAAAGCCAUCCUGCUUUCUCAGUUACAAACUAUGACUGAGAAUAUGCAAAAGCUCUUAGACAGAGAUGCCAUGCUGGGGGAUUCACUUGCUCAUGCAAAUAUUGAAGUUGAAGGUUUAAGGGCAAAAUCAAAAGGUUUGGAAGAAUUCUGUCUGAUGCUCAAAGAUGAGAAAUCCAAUCUUCAAAAUGAAAGAAGCACGCUCACGAGUCAGCUAGAAAAUGUUGAACAGAGACUGGGAAACCUAGAAAGGAGAUUUACAAGACUAGAAGAAAAAUGUACUGAUCUGGAGAUGGAGAAAAAAUCAACAAUCCAUGAAGUAAGAGAAUUGCAGAGUUACUUUGGCAUAGAAAAACAAGAGCGUGUAUGUUAUAUACAGUCUAGUGAGUCCCGAUUGGCAGAUCUGGAGAAUCAGGUCCUUCUCCUGAAAGAAGAAAGUAAAUUGAGUAAGAAAGAAUAUGAAGAAGAACUAGACAAAGUUGCAAAUUCUCAAGUUGAGAUCUUCAUCUUGCAGAAGUUUAUACAAGAUUUGGAAGAGAAGAAUUUAUCUUUGUUUAUUGAAUGCAAGAAACAUGUUGAGGCAUCCAAAUUCUCGAAUAAACUGAUAUCAGAGUUAGAGACUGAGAAUCUUGAGCAGCAAGUGGAAGUAGAAUUCUUAUUGGAUGAAAUUGAAAAGCUUAGAAUGAGAGUUCAUCAAGUGUUCAGAGCUGUUCAGUUUGAUCCAGUCAAUGAGCAUGAGGAUGGGAUUGAAGAAGGGCAGAUUCCUCUUCUCCUUAUUUUGAAUCACAUCGAGGGCUUAAAAGGUUCUCUUCUGAGAAAUGAGGAUGAGAAGCAACAACUGGUGGUUGAGAACUUGGUGCUCUUAACUUUACUUGGAGAACUAAGAUCAGAGGGUGCUGAAAUUGAGUCAGAGAAAGAGAUCUUUAAGCAGGAGUUUGACAUUAUGGCGGAGCACUGUACUGUGCUGCAAAACGAUAAGCAUGAACUUCUGGAGAUGAACAGGCAACUGAAAUUGGAAGCAAGUAAUGGAGAGCAGCAGGAGGAGGUAUUAAAGGCUGAACUGGAAAUUCAAUAUGCAAAUCUUGCAAAUUUGCAGGGUUCUUACCGGGCAUUGCAAGAAGAGAACUUCAAGGCACUUCGAGAAAACAGAGGUUUACUUGAGAAAUUUUCAGAUCUGGAAAAGGAAAUGUGCAUACUGGAAGAGGAAAACAGUGAAUGUCUCCAGGAAGUACUAGCUCUCAGUAGCGUAUCAUCAGUUUUCAAAUGCUUUGGGACUGAGAAAGUGGAGGAACUUGAGGCACUUUCUAAAGAUCUUAGCUGUCUUCAUGUGCUGAACAAUGAUCUCAAGGAGAAGGUUGAGGUGUUGGGGCAGGAGCUGGAAAUAAAAGAAAAAGAAAGUCUACGUCUUAGUCAAACAAUUGAGGGGUUGCACCAGGAGCUGCAAGAAGGCAAAGAUUUAACUGAUCAAUUGAACUUUCAAAUUUUAAUUGGGCAGGAUUUUCUUAGACAGAAAGCUGCCGACCUUUUACAAGUGGAACAGAAGCUUAAGACAGCACAUGACUUGAAUGCAGAAUUGAGCAUAACUGUUGAGGAACUGAAAAGGGAGUGUGAAGAAUCAAAAAUGGCUAGGGAGAAUAUAGAGAAGCAGAUCCUUGAGCUGUCCAAAGGUAGCAUAAGUCAGACAAAAGAAAUUGAAUAUCUUAAACAAGCAAAUGAAAAUCUCGAGUCAGAAGUGAGUUCAUUAUGCAAGGCAGUCGAAGAACGAAGGAUUAAAGAAGAGAACUUGAGUUUGGAGUUGCAAGAGAUAAGUUAUGAGUUUGAACUCUUUGAGGCUGAGGCAUCAUCAUUCUAUUUUGAUCUUCAAACAUCCUCUGUCUGUGAGGUCUUGCUUGUAAAUAAAGUUCAUGAACUGACUGCAGUUUGUGAGAGUCUUGAAAAUGAAAAUGCCCACAAGGACUUCAAAAUUGAACAGAUGAAGGAAAGAUUUGGCUUCCUGGAAAUUGAAAUUGGAGAUAUGAAGGCUCAAUUGUCUGCAUAUGCUCCAGUCAUAGCUUCUAUAACAAAUAAUGUGGAAUCUCUGGAGCACAAUCUUUGCACAAGGUCUUUUGCAGCUUGCAAUCAAGGAGAGAUGAGCGUGGAAGUGGCUAUUCAACCGCAGGAAAUGCACCAACAAGAACAAACAUGUGAUGAAACAAUGCCAGAUGGAAUUUCGGAUCUGCUCAAGAUACAAAAUAGAAUUAAAGCAGUUGAGAAUGCUGUGAUUAAAGAAAUGGAUAGGCUUGUAACCCGGGAAAGAGAAAACGCUAAUGUCAAUCUAGAAUCUUCAAUGAAAGGGGCUGAACAGUUGGAAUUUAGAGGACAGAAGGAAAAGGUGGAACUUGGAACUGAACCCAGUAAAGCUGAAAGUUCCGAGGGGAAGAUUGGGAUUUUGAUGAAAGACAUUCCACUUGAUCAGGUUUCAAAUUGUCCAAUGUAUAGAAGUAAAAUGGAAAACUCCGAGGCUGAAAAUCAAAUGCUUAAGCUAUGGGAAUCUGCUGAGCAAGAGAGUAACCUUGAUCCAGUGGCUAGUGUAUCACAAAGGCAGGUAGCUGCACAGUUGGAGAUCGUCAAUCCGCCUCAUCAGUUCAAUCAUGCAGGACAGAAGAGUCGGAAUCCCUCUUUAGAGUUACAGGUCGAGAGGGAAGUGGGUAUCGAUAAACUAGAGGUGUCUACAAGCAUCAAUAAAGGAGGAGGGAGCAGAAGAAAGAUAUUUGAGCAACUUGCUUCUGAUACCCAGAAAUUAUUGUCUCUUCAAACAAGUGUGACAGACUUGAAGAAGAAACUGGAGAUGACGAAGAGGAGCAAGAAAGGCAAUGACUUUGAAUUUGAAAGAGUGAAAAGACAGUUAAAAGAAGUUGAGGAGGCUGUGAUGCUGCUGGUUGAUGUUAAUGAUCUAUUGACAAAAGAUAUUGAAAAGAGCCCCUCAUCUUCAGAGGGAAACACUUCAAUAGCAUCAGAAGGGACUGGUAAUGUCCACAGAAAUAGUCUGACAGAACAAGCAAGGAAAAGAUAUGAGCAGAUUGGACGUCUGCAGUUUGAGGUACAGAGCAUCCAUUACAGUCUGCUGAAACUGGAGGAUGAAAAGCAAAGCAAAGGUAAAGGCAGGUUUUCUGGAAGUAGAACAGGCAUCUUCUUGAGGAACUUCAUCUACAGUGGUGGCAGGAGAAGUAUCAAGAAACGGAAGAAGGCGGCAUGUUUCUGUGGUUACGCAAGACCUUCAACCCAUGAAGAUUGAGGCAACCACUCAAGGAGUUGAUUGAUAUUGUUAGCUAAAAUAUAUUCCUAAUUUUUAUAACAUUUCUUGGAAUAGUUAGUUUGAUGUCUUUUUAGCCUAGCCUAGCCUAGGGGAACAUUUAAGAACUUGCCUAAUCUAGUUAGUUUGAUGUCCUUUUAUGUUUGUUUCUCUCAACAUUUUUAAUGUUAUUAUUUCAGCUAUAGCAAUCCAGUAUAUAAUUCUUACA